GCUCCACUGUGAAUAGCAAAACCAACAAAAUACAACGCAAUUGCCUUUACGUUUAAAUUCUAAUUAAAUUUAAACUCUUUUUAAGAAAUACAAGCUUAAACAUAUAUUAAUUGAGAAGAUUAAAUAAAGUAGCCGGUAAAAUUGCAUUGUGUUAGAAAUAGUCUGACGUCAUAUUCAAAGGAAAAAAAUGAAAAUUUCUGCCGCUUCCGCUGCUGCGCUCGCCAGCAAUACAAACAGUAGUAACGCAACCGCCGCAUCGAUAGUACCUAAAACGGAACCAGAUCCAAUUGGUACCGAGGAGUCAAUGGAAUUUCAGACCCCUAACAGCACUUCAACUCCCAACGUCAGCAAACGUCCUGCUUUCCUGGACCUUAAUAAGAAAAACAAGCGCACAAUGGCACCUUUGCUUAUAGACUCACCUGAUGUACCUAUAAAGACACUCAACACGCCGGACCUUGAAAAAAUUUUACUCUCAGGUGGCAUGUUGCAAACGCCGCAACCUGGCACAGUAUUCCCCACUAAAGUGGGUCCCAUUACCUCGGAACAGGAAGCCUUCGGCAAAGGCUUUGAAGAGGCUCUCCAGAGCCUUCACACAAGUAAAAACACUCAGGCGUUUCUGGGCAGCAAUACCAACGCUCCAACGGCUGCCAGCAAUCCAGCUGCUGUUGUCCCAGCCACCAUGACAGCCGUGAAUAAUGGUAUCAGUGGGGGGUUCACCUACACCAGCGUGGAUGGUUUUCCCGUCAUUAAGGAUGAGCCACAAAAUGCAGUGGCUUCCCCGACAGUUAGUCCCAUUGAUAUGGCUGAUCAAGAAAAGAUUAAGCUGGAGCGUAAACGUCAACGGAAUCGCGUCGCGGCUUCAAAGUGUCGCAAACGUAAACUAGAACGCAUAUCAAAGCUGGAGGAUCGCGUCAAAAUCCUUAAGGGCGAGAACACUGAUUUGGCGGGCAUUGUAAAAACUCUGAAAGAUCACGUAGCGCAGCUGAAGCAACAGGUUAUGGAACAUGUGGAUGCGGGCUGCACCGGCUUGCUAGCGGGCAAAUAACA